GCUUCGGUUCGAAACUCAUCCCGUGCUAGGGUUCCACCAUGGGUGUCGCCUGCUGCUGGUCCUCGCCAUCGCCGCCGCCGCCAAAUUCGUCUUUAAGCAUGCCGCCUCCGGAUCAGGCACGACCAAGAUCGCCGCCUCCUGCUGGUGCUCGCCUCCCCCGGUGGAGGAGUCGUUGACCACGCCGCCUCCAGCUCAAGCCCGGCCCCGUGCACCACCUCCUAUUGGUACUCGCCUCUGCCGACGUAGGAGUCGCUGAACACGCCGUCUCCGGGUCAGGAUGGACCUCGCGCGUAUUGGCAGUCGCUUUCGUUGCGCGUUGGUGAUGACCAUCCUCUUGACGAGAACAGGAUCAAUAACUAAGACUGACAUCACUGGCAUCAUGAGUGCCGGGGCGGCUGGCGUAGUGCUGAUAAAUUGGAAAGAUGCUGGCUUCACUUCCGUUCUCGAGGACUAUGGUCCUGAUGUCGUGCAAGUCACCGUGGCUGAUGGCAACAGUAUCAGCGAGUAUGUGAGGACAACCAGCAAGCCCAGUGCCAUCGUCAUCUACAAGAACACUUUACUCGGCGUCCGUCCAUCUCCAACUGUCGCGGCAUUCUCGUCCCGCGGCCCCUGCAGCUUCAACCCUGGCGUGCUAAAGCCAGACAUAUUAGCACCAGGACUCAACAUCAUUGCUGCCUGGCCACCAGUCACUAUUCUUGGCUCUGGUCCAUUCCAUAUAAAAUCCGGGACGUCUGUGUCGACUCCACACGUCAGCGGCGUUGCUGCACUUGUCAAGAGCGUCCAUCCCAAGUGGUCUGCGUCUGCCAUCAAGUCGGCUAUUCUCACAACAGCCGAUAUCGCAGACAGCAGGGGUGACCCGAUCUUGGACGAGCAGCAUCAGAAGGCUAGUGCAUAUGACAUGGGCGCUGGCCAUGUCAAUCCCACAAAAGCUAUUGACCCAGGCCUAGUGUAUGACAUUAGCAUUACUGAAUAUGCUGGCUACAUAUGUGCUCUUCUUGGCGAUCAAGGCUUGGCAAUCAUUGCGCGUAACCCGUGGUUGUCCUGCACGAAACUUCCCAAGAUACCAGAAGCUCAACUGAACUAUCCCACCAUAACGGUGCCGCUCAAGUCAACACCAUUCACAUUGAACCGAACAGUCACAAAUGUGGGUCCAGCAGAUUCAGUGUACACACUGAAGUUGUAUACUCCAAAAUCCCUUGCUAUUUAUGUCUCACCAGAGAAGCUGGUGUUCUCCAAAGUUGGACAGAAGAUCCAAUAUAGCAUGACGGUGAGCAGCAAUGCAAAUGAUGGGAAAAAGUUCAUGGAGGGAAGUUUGAGCUGGGUUUCAAGGAACCAUGUUGUGCGCAGUCCGAUUGUGGCUUCUGCUGAUCUAGAUUUUCCGUCUCUGUAAUCAGGAAGAGUAUGUCAUGAUAUGUUGGAUCAUUGCAGACAUACUCCUUCCUUUAUUUUAUGUUCUACUAGAGUAGUGACUGCCUGUUAACUAGUAGGGUUUCCUUGCCUGUAAAAUAAUUGAAAUUUGAGCGUGGAGCAUCCAUUGCUCUGUCGUAAAA